GUUCCUGAAUGGUCGGGCAAAAACACAGCUGGUCUAUGAUCUCCGAAGCAAGCUGACGGUUGAACGCUAUCAAUGUGAUUUUCGUGAAAUUCUUACCGAUCUACCGGUCAGAUCGUGAGGUCAAGGCAGGCGUGCGUGAAAAUUUGUUCAGUGCUCGAUUUGUAGUGUUAGUGAGUGUGUUUAGAUGUAUGCAAAACUUGUUAAUCGCGGUGUCACCACGAGGAUUUUUCACUGCCCUGGAUACAAAGGAGUUUCGUGAGGUGCUUCGAGCGUCCUUUCGGCAAGCACGGAAGCACUCGGCCAAAAAUGUGGAGGGUGGGGCCGUAAUUCAAGGAUUUUGGUAGGAAGGAAGGAAGCCGAGGGACGCGGGGAAGUGUGGCGGGGAGGGAAGAAAUGGCGUCCACAAGCGGGCACAAGAGGAACGGCUCGAGUUCGAGCAUGUUCACCCACAAACGAACCGAGUCAGGCGGCGGUUUUAUCGGCCACAAACGGUCCGAGAGCGGUCACAAACGUGCCGAGAGCAUAUCCAGUGCCUUUGGCCACAAACGAUCCGAGAGUGGCCACAAGAGGAACGAGAGCAGCGGCGGUGGUUUCGGCCACAAAAGGUCCGAAUCUGGCAGCAAUUACCAUGCUGGGCAUCGAAGGAACGAAAGCAUGUAUGCUAUGACUGGUCUGUACGCUGAGAGCGCGACCACGGGAACCGACGAGACCACAGACCCACUGCAAGCAACCGGUAGCAGACUGACUCAUGACACCGUCAUCAGGUGUCACAGUAGAAAUCCCAGUUCUGGCCUCGUGGACCAUAGAGAUUUUAUCAUCAAAUGUCACAGCAGGAAUCCCAGUGCUUCCAUGGUGGACAGGACGGAGAAGGAGAGAGCGCAAACUCCACCGUUUAAUCCGGAUUCGAAGGACUGUGGAAUCCUGAGCUGCAGGCCGGCCUUUAUACAAAGAUUCGCCGGAAUAAAGGUGUUUGUGUUCCUUCUAUCGUUUCUCGUCACAUUGCAACAAGCACUUAGUUCAGGUUACAUAAAUUCUGUGAUCACGACCAUAGAGAAAAGGUUUGAAAUCCCGUCCAGCCUUUCAGGCGUCAUUGCUAGCUCCUAUGAAAUUGGAAAUGUCAUCACUGUCAUCUUCGUCAGCUAUCUUGGUAGCCGAAGACAUAUACCUGUUUGGAUAGCGAUUGGCGCUGUCAUAAUGGGACUGGGAUCGAUGAUCUUUAUGGUGCCACACUUCACAGCCGAGCCCAAUUUAAUGACGGCUGUGAAUAACUCUAGCUCAGACAACAUUUGUCGUGGAAUUUCGUUACGCGAACAAGACAUGGGCUUGGGCCGCCUUUCAUCUGGAUUAUCAUCUCCACCUUUAGCACCACACAACAAUUUAAGAGGUGAUAAUUGCAUUCAAGGAUCUCCAUCUACUGCUGGUCCUGUUAUGUUAUUUGUACUUGCUCAGUUAUUAUUAGGCUGUGGUGGUUCUCCUUUAUUUACUCUUGGUACUACAUAUAUAGAUGAUCAUGUACGACCAGAAAGUGCUUCUUUAUAUAUUGGUUGCAUGUAUAGUAUGGCAGCUUUUGGACCAGUUUUAGGUUUUCUUCUUGGAGCUUAUCUCUUAUCAUUUCAUAUGGAUUCAUUUUCUGGAACAAUUAUCAGUAUAGAUCCAGGUGAUCACAGAUGGGUAGGCAUGUGGUGGGGUGGAUUUUUACUUUGUGGCUUACUCCUAAUUUUAGUGGCAAUUCCUUUCUUCAGUUUUCCAAAAACUUUACAACGGGAGAAAGAAAAAAUACGUAUUAUUGAAAAAAAUAAAUCGUCGUCGCAGAAAGAGAAAGAACAAUGCAAAGAACCAAAAAAAGAAAAACUUGAUGAUAGUGGUUACGGAAAAGAUGUGAAAGAUAUUCCUAGGAGUAUGUGGAGACUGGUAUGUAAUCCAGUAUAUGUAGUAACGUGUUUAGGAGCUUGCAUGGAAUUAGUGAUUGUUUCUGGAUUCGUGGUUUUCUUGCCAAAAUAUUUGGAGACACAGUUCAGCCUAGGAAAGAGUCAAGCUAGUGUAUUCACCGGCUCUAUAGCGAUACCAGGUGCCUGCAUUGGAAUCUUUUUUGGCGGAUGUUUGCUCAAACGUUUAGAAUUAAGACCGAAAGGUGCGGUUCAGUUCGUUCUCGUCUCGAACAUGAUAUGCCUGGUGUGCUAUGGUCUUCUUUUUUUCCUCGGUUGUGACAAUGUAAAAAUGGCUGGGACCACUAUACCAUAUUUUAACAGCAGUACAAAGGGCCCUGAACCCUUUCAAGUAAAUCUCACUGCCGCAUGUAACUUCGGUUGCGAAUGCCGAAUGACAGAUGUGGAACCAGUCUGUGGAAACAACGGUCUCACAUAUUUUAGUCCUUGUCAUGCAGGUUGCACUGCCUUCAGUUCCAAAUCAAAUUUCACUAAUUGUGCAUGUAUACACGGAAAUUUAACAAUGUUACCUCCGGCAGCACCAGAAUUUGCAGAGGUGACGGUAGUACCAGUAGCUACUGCGGGUCCGUGCACUUCGCCAUGUAGGACUAUAUUUCCAUUUUUAAUUUUACUUUUUUUUAUGACGUUUAUUGUUGCCAUCACUCAAAUGCCUCUAUUAAUGAUAGUGUUACGGUCAGUUUCAGAAGAGGAAAGAUCGUUUGCUUUAGGCAUGCAAUUUGUAAUCUUUCGAUUAUUCGGUUAUAUACCUGCUCCUAUUUUAUUUGGUAAUUUAAUUGACUCUACAUGCUUACUUUGGAAAAGCACUUGUGGAGAAAAAGGUGGAAGAUGUUUACUUUAUGACAUUGAACAAUUUAGAUACAGAUAUGUUGGACUUUGCGCUGGCAUUAAGAUUUUAGCUUUGGCAUUGUUCCUUAUUGACUGGUGGUUAGUUAGGAGGAGAAGACAAAUGGAAGACCAUGCACCAUCUCUCACUGUCAACGAAUUUGUAGGGUCAAUUAUCAGCCUUGAUAAACUAUUUGAAGAAAAACCUCAUAAUCAUAACGUAGGAGAAGGAGAUGGCACUUCUCCAAAUUCUGAAUUGCCCACGCCAUCGUCAAUUUCGUCGCCCACAGAGCCUACGAAGUCGACGAACUUAGAAGAUACUGGCUCAUCGAAUCAGAUUCAAGAUUCGACAGAGACAGGACAUCGUUCGAAAAAUGCAAUGGACGUCGAUGUUCCCGAUACAAGGCAAGCGCCUCUUGCUAUGGAAGAACCGGAUACGGAAGUGAAACCGUUCACCAGUAAAUCAGAUAAGCAUAUACGGAACGUUUAAUGUUUAACUCAUACUAGAGGCUAUGUAAUUGAAUUAUAUCAAAAAGGUGAUAAUGUGAGUCUGUGGCAAAUUGUUUUGAGGUCACAGGUAAUUCAAUAUACAUAGAGAAAGAGAUAUAAUAUGUACAAUGUACGUGCAUUAUUGAUUUGUGCAAUCCUAAAAAAAAAAGUAAAUGGGGGGAAAUGUUAUGAAUGGCUUUAAAUAAAAGAAAGAAGGUAAUCUGUAUACAUAUAUAUAUAUAUGGUGCUAAUAUACUUUUUUAAAAAAAUCGAGAGACAAAGAAUUAUCUUAUAUCGUUUCGUAUAUCGUCGGGUAAAAUUUAAAUUGUGUUGAAGAUAUAAGUAAAUUUUACACAGAUACAUAACAUACAUUUGCACACAUUAUAUAUUCUUACAUACAGGCGAGUCAAAAAUAUUUUUACAAUGGUUAUAUUUGCGUGAAGAAUAUCGUUUAUGAUGCGAAAUAAUUUGCCACAGGUUUGUCUCGAUUGUUUGGCUAUUUUUUAGGAACUAAUAUCACUAGAAUGUACAUUUUUACGGUGAUGCGAUAUAUAUGUCAAUAAUAGGAAUGUAAUAGGUGAAAAAAAAAUAUUUAGACUCGUUUCAGACAGACAUCUUGUAACUUGAUUUCAAAGAUUUUCUUUGUCUGAAACGAGAUUUUUUUGCCGUUAGGAACGAGCCUUGCGUGGUUAAAAAGAAAGGAAAAAAAAAGAAAGAAAGGCCAACAAGGACAAAACUGUAAAUAUAAAAAUUCCUGCCUUAAGAAAUACAAGACUAGACAAACAUAUAUUUAAAGAUAAUUGAAUGAUAGAGUUAAUGAUCUAUAAUGAAUAUCAUUAUAAUUGCAGAUUGAGAGCUGCGAUUUAUUUUAUAACUAGUGAUUAGGCUUUCUCAGAAAUAAAAAAAAAGUAGUCAAUUUAACUUAGUGAUGUAAAAAAAAAUAACAAAUGGAUGAAGAAUCCAUAGCGUUGACUUGUUUAUAAAAUUAUUUUAACAUUUUGCAAUAGUUUUAUUCCUUUCUUUUUCUUUUUUGCAAAAAAAAAAAAUACUCUCUUAUGCAAGAAAAAAUCACGCUUUUAACAAGGCGGCACUUUGAUCUCUGAUGUUUUUUCUUCUAAAUAUUAUUAUAUUGAUAAUGCAAUAUUUUAAGAGCUUUCAAAAACAAUCUUAGCAUUAAUUUAAAAAAAAAGAAAAAUAAAAAAGAAGACGCAUUUGUGCGAUUUUUUAUAUCGUAUGCGUUACUUCUUAUCAUAUUCUAUAGAAUGAAUUAUAUAAAAUGAAUUAUGUUUCCAAGCAAUGAAAAAAAAAAACAAAAAACUUCUAAAUUUUCGGUUAACGAAUAUUAAUCAAAUAAAAUGGUUGGUCAAUUGGGAUUAAUUGUAUAACACUGAAAUAUGUCUUGAACAAGUUCUGGCUUAUUAAAUACAGUUUGCUCACUCGUUGUUAGGGAGAAGUCUACUUGUUGUUUUGUACCUGAAAGCAUCUCUUACUCAAUUUCGAUAUAACAAAAGAAAAAAAAAGAGAUAAGUGCAAAAAAA